AUGAGGUAUGUGGUAUUUACACACAACAGCAAUGUCAUUCGACAGCCAGCAACCACAUUCUCACGAAAACCAUGUGAGCAGUUAAUGUGUACACCAAUAAACAUGGCGCACAACGUGUUAAAUACUUUCAGUUUGAUCCUCACUUUCGUAGUUCAAGGCGUGGCAGUGAACCUGGUGGGGUGUGGACUUGAUAAGCCGCUGGUAGUGCAAGAAAACACUCAGAACUAUACCAUUGUCUGUGAAGAUAUUCGCAGUGAUAAUGAUGUUCGUUGGGUUUUGACGAGGACAGUCGCAAACCGCACUGGGAGCAAUGUUGGUUACUGUACUGGAGAUUCUUCAGUCUGCGCAGGGGGAAACCCUCUCUUUUCAUUCUCACGCCCCCGCAGAAAUAUCUCCAUAGUACAGAUUGCGAAGGUUGACAGAUCAAUGUUUGGUAUGGCUAAUGUUACCUGUAGUGGGAUUUCGCAAACAGGAGAACUGGUUGUGAUCAACAGCAGCUGCAAUAUUGAUAUAAUUUAUAUUUCCGAAAACAUAUCAUGCAAGACUGAAUUUAUGAAAGACACCUGGACUGUGUUCGGUCAUUGUGAUAUUUAUAAAACCAGUUCAUCACAUAAUAGAUACAGGUGUACCUGGAUUGAGAUAAAUGAGUCGUUUAGAGAAUCAGUCGUUAUUGCAAACACACCAAUGACAGUCGUACCUUUUGCUGGAACAUAUGUCAACGGAUCCUGUAAUUUCACCAGUCACCUACCACCCGCCGGUCUGUAUACAUACCACGUGACUGUUAUUCCUGGGGAAGUAACAGUCAAUGCGAGCUUUAUUGGCAGUAAUGAAAUACAUUCUCCUAGAGUGUUGACAUUCAACAUGAAUAAUAUUGGCAGCAAAACAGUGAAUGUUGAUGAGAACGCUCACGUGGAGAUGAGAUGCAAUUCUGAUGGAAAGCCAACUCCGAAAAUUCAACUCUACAACUAA